AUGAGCACACCCUUAGAACAGAACGGCUCAGGCCUAUUCAGCCUACCAUGGGAAAUCAGAGAGAAAAUCUACGAGUACUACCUCUCAUUCGACCACGACGACUUUGGCGACACAGUCCGGCCGCUGCACGUCUACUUCGAGCAAGGGGAAUACAAGAAACCCUUACCCCCACUCAUGUUAACCUGCAAGCGCGUCUACCGCGAACUCCACCAACCCGUCCACGCUGACGCCAUCAUGCGCGUACACUCCCACGGCUACGGCGACCGGCGGAUCGGCUUCGCCGUCCACGGGACCCUGCGCUUCGAGCGUCUGCGGCGGCUUUAUGUUCUUAUCGCCAUGGAGUAUCCCAACUGGAAUCGGUGGCUGGCCAUCUUCGCCGAAGUAGCGCGGCGGGCGGAGGGUUUGGCGGAGCUUGUUGUUGAUUGGGAGCCGAGGCCGGGGCCGCCGAACCCGAAAGUGUGGGAGGCCAAGUUGACGGAGAAGAAGCAUGAUGAGUUCUUUGGGGUGUUGGCCGCGUUGAAAGGGUUGGAGGUUGUGAGGUUUUAUGGGGAGAUGCCGGAGGGGUGGAGGGACAGGUUUGAGAGGGAGGUUGAUGCGAGGCUUGUGUGUUAUCGGUUUAAGUGGUGGAAGGAGACUGGGCUGGAGUGA